AUGGGGAGGUCUCCAGUAUCUGCUGCCUUUGUGGGGCUGGUAGGAGGGCAGUCCAUCUUGACCACCAUGAAGUUUGCCGUCCUGCCGAUCGCAAAGGUCUUUACGGUGUGCUUCCUGGGAUUUCUCAUGGCCUCCAAGCACGUUAACAUCCUGCCAUCUGCUGGUCGGAAGCUUCUAAACGGGGUACGCAGUGGAUCCACUUCUGUAAUUGCCUUUCUCUCACUUGCAGGAGAUGAGAUAUCCGAUCUCGAAUUAUUUCCCAAUCCAUGGUAGAACUCAAUAUGAUCAUUCAUAUUAGAAAAUAUCACCUGUCUCCAGAAUUAUUCCAAAAUAGCUUACAACGAGAACAUGAACAUUCACAAUUCAUGAGAAUCACCCCUCUCUCUCUCUCUCUCUCUCUCUCUCUCUCUCUCUCUCUCUCUGUUGUGUCGUGGCUCCUGUUUCUACUUCUCAUCUGAACCCCUGUUGCAGCUGGUUUUCUCCCUUCUUCUCCCAUGUCUGAUAUUCUCUCAGCUCGGAAGGGCGAUUACGUUGCAGAGAAUGAUGGAAUGGUGAGGACUCAGAUUUUCUAACCCCGGGGAAGAUUCAGACCAUAAAUGGUGUAAAUUCCAUGAUCUUGCUGAUAAGAUUGUUUGUCUGAAUAUUCAUGCAGGUGGUUUAUUCCUGUCAACAUUGUUCUUGCCACAAUAUCAGGUUCAUUAAUAGGUUUUCUCGUUGCAUCUGUCAUACGGCCUCCUUAUCCAUACUUCAAAUUCACCAUCAUCCACAUCGGCAUUGGUACAAGUUGCUCUCUCCCUUCAUGAACAAUUACAGAUCUCUAUGAACGUUUACCAAAAUAAAUUGUCAUACAAAAUUUAUACUACAUUUUUUUCAUUUUCAUAUUAAAUUUGUUUUGGAUCCCGAUUUUAUCUGCCUUUUAAUUGCAGGAAAUAUUGGAAAUAUUCCUCUUGUUCUAAUUUCUGCCUUAUGCCGUGAUACAUCAAACCCUUUUGGCGACUCCGACAAAUGCAGUGAGGAUGGGACUGCAUAUAUUUCCUUUGGCCAAUGGGUAUAUCACCUCUAAUUUUUUCAUUAAGAUCACCCGGACCUACAUUUUUUUAUGGAAAAUUCUAUUUUUGUUUUUUUUCUAAUUAUCUUUCUUUAUUUCAUUAGAGUUCUUUUCUCGGCACUAUUGCUCUAUUGGUUCCUUUUGAACUCUUGAGGUAGACUGGUGUCUGGAUUCUUUGGUUUAUUGCUCAUUAGGAUGAUUAUCAUGGGUGGGCUCAAACCUAGCAUACAUUUUUUGGAAAAAAAAGGGUUUUAUUCUCUUGUAGUUCCCAGUUCAUCAGAAAGUUCAUCAUGGUGGGCCCGACCCUGAUGAACCUCUUACGGGGAAAAUUUUCAUGUAGCUAAUGAUAUCAAUUUAUGUUUAUUUAACUUUCCUGGGUGAUUUUUUCAAACAUAGAUAGUUAAUUUUCAUCUGCUCAUUCUCGGGGACUCAGCUUUGCUUUUUUACUUUCCAAGGCACCACCACCCAGCAAAAAAAAAACUAUUUUUUUCAGCUUGGUCCACUCUAAUUUUAUUUUAUUUUAUUGGGUAUUUAAUAUUUACGAAUUAUUUUUUAUAUGUUUUUUCAGGUGGGUGCUAUUGUACUGUACACCUAUGUGUUUCAGAUGCUCUCACCUCCACCAGGAGGCUCCUUUGAUUGCACUAAAGAAAGUGCCCUUCCCAUUAAGAGCCUCCUUCCUGAUCUUCCUCCCGAGCAAGUGCCUCUUUUAAAAGCAAAACAAUCUGAGCCUUUGGAUCUCGAUGGUUCAGACAAAGGAAAGGUAGGCGGUUUCUUUUCUAUAUUUUUCCAAUCUAUGCUCCCCGACCCUUUAAAAAAUAUUUUUCUCAAUUUAUGUAUUUUUUCCUCAAAGGAGUAAUCAUUUCUCCAUCUUUUUCAGAAGGGAGUAAUUAUAACUUAAUAUGAAGGAAUAUAACACCGUUCACCUUUCAAACUUUGGCUUAGUUGUGUUGGAUUAUUUCUCAUUUAAGAUUGAAAUUUAUAGAAUUAAAUUUAUCAACCCUUGUGGUUGAUACUACCCAAAAAACUUCAAGAUUUUGCAUCAAAUCUCUUUCUGAGAAUAAAAAUAAGUAUGUUGUAUUUAAUAUCAUAAGAAAUUUAUUAUUAUUAUUAUUAUUAUUAUUUAACUUUUUGGGAUUUUUCAGGACCUAACAAGCUCCAUAGAUGUUUCCUCGAUUGGGUGCCCCCCUCCUUUCCCCAAGAUCUCCCACGACAGUGUGUCAUUUGUCUUCCCAAGCAAGGUGUUCUUCAAAGUUUUCCAAAAAUAGAUGCCGUUGGAUGGAUGUCUCUUGUAGACCAAGCUCAUCGUUCACAGGUUUCUCUAUGCAGAUUACUCACAACCUGAUCUUUCUUCUGGACAAGCUGAGGCUGAAGCAGCUUCUCCAGCCCCCAAUCGUUGCCACCGUGAGUAACCAUGAUCGAGUGAAGCUCGAUUGGGUCAUGGGUUCUCCAUCGAUCUUACCAACUGAAUCAUGCCCUUUAUUCCUUGUAGUUUGUUCCUUCUUUUUGAUCUGAAAAAAGUCGGGUAACUGGUAUAUUUGCAUGAUAAUUAGUCAGUAAUCUAUUUAUUAUUAUUAUUAUUAUAUUUAAUUGCUAUUGGCCUAAUUUCUGUUUUUUUUCCGACAGAUGCUGGCCAUGCUUUUUGGUGCAGUUCCUUUUCUGAAGCGCCUGAUUCUCACAGAUGAUGCCCCUCUCUUCUUCAUCACCGAUAGCUGCAUAAUUCUCGCGUAUGGAUUUAUAUAUCUUUAUGUUUUUUUUAAUUUGGGUUUUUUUUUCUUGUGCAUUAUUUCUAGAAUAAUCCACUUGCUUCACUUCUGUUCUUGCUUAUCAUUUUUAUUUUAUAUACUUUAUUAUUUUUAGAUAAUUAUUAUUUUAAAAUAAGAUCUGACUUUACCGCGAAUAAAUCCAGGGAAGCCAUGAUUCCAUGCAUUCUGCUGGCUCUGGGGGGGAAUCUCAUCGACGGUGGGAAAAUUUCUGUUCUCUGCUUCUUCCCAGAAUGGAGGGAUGAUUGUUCUUGUUCUUUCAGGGCCUGGAAGCUCCGAGCUGGGAGUGAGGACUACGGCCGCCAUUGUGGUGGGGCGGCUGGUGCUGGUGCCGUUGACCGGAGUGGGGAUCGUGUCUCUGGCGGACAAGCUGGGGUUCCUCCCCAGAGGGAAUAAGAUGUUCAAGUUCGUUCUCCUGCUCCAGCACUCCAUGCCCACUUCAGUUCUCUCUGGUAAUUUCCCUCUGCUCCCCCACUGUAGAUAGAUACAUAGCUAGAGAGAGAGAGAGGUGGUAUGGGAGUAAUUCCCUCUGCCCAGUUCUGCUGCUCUAGAUAGAUAGAUAGUUAGAUAGUUAGAGAGAGAGAGAGAGAGAGAGAGAGAGAGAGAGAACUGGAAUGGGAUUAAUCCAGCUGAUUUGAUCGUCUUCUUCUUCUUGUGGGGGAACUGAAGGGGCUGUGGCGAAUCUGAGAGGCUGCGGAAGGGAGGCAGCCGCGACGCUCUUCUGGGUCCACAUCUUCGCCAUCUUCUCAAUGGCCGGAUGGAUCGUUCUCUAUCUGAACAUCCUCUUCUGA